AUGAAUAAUUUAGCUUUGAGCAUUCCUGAUGAAGAGUUAAGUGUUAUUCCGAUAGAGUUAAGUGUUAUUCUUGUAGAAUUAAGUGUUAUUCCUGUAGAGUUAAGUGCUAUUCCUGUAGAGUUAAGUGCUAUUCCUGUAGAAUCAAGUGUUAUACCUGUAGAAUCAAGUGUUAUUCCUGUAGAAUUAAGUGUUAUUCCUGUAGAAUCAAGUGUUAUAUCUGUAGAAUCAAGUGUUAUACCUGUAGAAUCAAGUGUUAUACUUGUAGAAUUAAGUGUUAUUCCUGUAGAAUCAAGUGUUAUACCUGUAGAAUCAAGUGUUACACCCGUAGAAUCAAUUGUUAUACCUGUAGAAUUAAGUGUUAUACCUGUAGAAUCAAGUGUUAUUCCUGUAGAAUCCAAAUCAAGUGCUAUUCCUGUAGAAUCAAGUGUUAUACCUGUAAAAUUAAGUGUUAUACAUGUAGAAUCAAGUGUUAUACCUGUAGAAUUAAGUGUUAUACAUGUAGAAUCAAGUGUUAUACCUGUAGAAUCAAGUGUUAUACCUGUAGAAUCAAGUGUUAUACUUGUAGAAUUAAGUGUUAUUCCUGUAGAAUCAAGUGUUAUACCUGUAGAAUCAAGUGUUACACCCGUAGAAUCAAUUGUUAUACCUGUAGAAUUAAGUGUUAUACCUGUAGAAUCAAGUGUUAUUCUUGUAGAAGUUAAGUGUUUUCCUGUUGAAUUAAGUGUUAUUCCUGUAGAGUUAAGUGUUAUUCCUGUAGAGUUAAGUGUUAUUCUUGUAGGGUUAAGUAUUAUUCCUGUAGAGUUAAUUGUUAUUCCUGUUGAAUUAAGUGCUAUUCCUGUAGAAGUAAGUGAUAUUCCCGUAAAGUUAAGUGUUAUACCUGUAGAGUUAAGUGCUAUUCCUGUUGAAUUAAGUGUAAUUCCUGUAGAGUUAAGUGUUAUUCUUGUAGUGUUAAGUGUUAUUCCUGUAGAGUUAAGUGUUUUAUUCCUGUAG